AAUUUGAUACAUGGUAUAUACCAGUACACAGACAGGACGUCUACAGACGCAGUUCUGCACCAGGCUGUUGAUACUCAAGGCAUGGAAACUUCAAACGAAAAGGAAGAACAACAAUUGGAUUCAAAGCUUAUAGAUGAAACAACUAAGUGUAGGACCAAACACGUUUUUCAUCCAGGAAAACACGACGCUGAAGUGUGCUAUGGAGGAGAAGCUGAUCUACACAAACAUAUGACUGGCUGUGAGAAGAAUCCAGGUCACAAAGGUUUUAUACCUCUUAAAGAUUUCAACUUAAAUUGUCUCCCCUCGCGUUACCAUGACGACGACCUCAUGUCUGAGACAAUCAAAACAUUGGCAGCCCUAACUGUCCAGAUAAAGACUAAAUUCACCAGUCUAGAGAGACCAGAGUUUUACCCAGACACUCAAGUUCCAUAUCCAUGUUAUAAUGACAGAGGAAGUCACGUGUUAAGGCUGGGGACUGGGAGAGUUUAUAGCGUUGAAAAGUACACAGAGAGUGACAAUAGAAAUUGUCGUUGUGCAAAAUGUCAAGUCUCUGCCACACCCAGCAAAAUAUGGGGAGAGCUUCGCGUGUUGACAGUCUCACACGUGGUGUUUGAUGACAGUGAGGUGAGACAGACCAGGUGUGUUUUAGGUUUUGAUGACAAUAAAAGUCCAGUAGUCACUCUUGAUGGCUGGGAGAUGAGGGGAAGGGUGGACAUUGCAAGGGACUGGUGUGUGUUUGCCUGUGCCUCUUGUGAGUCAGAAGCUUUGUUUGAUGAACUGGACAAUUUGUGUCAACGCUUUUCGGAUCUAUGUGAGAAAGCAGAACAUAAAUACAGAUUUAAUGAUGAAGACAAAUUGAUUAUUAUUGUGUCACAUCCCCACGGCUGUCCUAAAUACGUCUCUGUAGGCGAGUGGACAAGCAAAUAUGAGAGAAACGGCUAUCUGACCAGGUACUGGUACACGGCAAGUACAUGUCCAGGCUCCAGUGGAGCGCCUCUCUACAGACUGGGGUAUGAAGGAUGGGUCUAUCAACAUCCCCACUGUGGAUCCGACACUGAAGGAAAUUAUAGUGGGGAGUUGUAAGGCAUAUGUAAGGCAUAAUAUAGACCAACACAUUCUUGAAAAUGUAUUGUUAGUAAACUGUUAUUUUAAUGUUAUUAAUGUAAACGUUUUUUAAAUUUAGAUUAUUAAAAAUCAAUCUUUAUUAUUGAUAUCUACUUGUUUAUUGAAGGACAUACAUUUAAAGCAUUUUUUUAGCACUUUUGUAGUUUAUACAUCGACUUGGUAUCUUUAACACGUUUUUUUUGUAAAUAAAAUAUUUUGCUAGUUAAUACAUGUAGGCUAUACAUAAGACUAAGACAAGAGAGGGUUAAUAAUAACAACGAUUUUGCCUUCUUCAGUGUAUGUGUAGAUCUACGAAACAUGUCCAUAG